AUGGAGCCUGUUUUCUCUUCUAAAGCUUCCUCCCAGGCGUCAACUGAGAAGGUGCAGUCCAAGGCAGAGCCGCCGCAGAGCCCAGUGGUCAUCGUCCCCGACGAAGAUACUCUGGAUGCACUGGAUGAUUCCAUUCAGUCCUGCAGUGACGAGUACGUUGAGGGCUCUGUAGAUGCAGCAGACUACAAUGCCCUGUCCUUGCCUGCGCAACAUAAAUGCUUCGUUUGCCUCCGCACGUAUUUCAGCGCGGUGCUCUUGGAGAAGCACAAGUGUCCUGGCAGGCCAGAAAAGAAGUAUACGUGUCACAUCUGCUUCCGCGAGUUGAACAGGGAGGGCCAUCUGGUGGCUCACAUGCGUGUACACACGGGCGAGAAGCCAUUUAAGUGCACCGUCUGCUCGCGCGCCUUCCGGCAGAAGUCCAACCUGACCGUCCACAUGCGCCAGCACACGACAGGGGGCCCGUUCCAGUGUGUGGCCUGCCCGAGGUCGUUCACUCGCAAGGACUAUUUGCAGACUCACAUGCAGCGUUACCACAUGCUGUGA